AUGGCUGCUCUACGGACCAUUCAUUUUACUGCUAUUCUCCGUAUUCUUCUCUAUGUCAAGAAUAUUCUAGGACAUGGACUUCAGUCCUCUUUGCAGUCAUCCCUGGUGUUAUUCGACUACUCUGAUACUGAUUGGGCUAGUGAUCCUACUGAUAGGUGCUCUACCUCGAGUUAUUAUUUCUACCUCAGUGACUCUCUCAUUUCUUGGCGGAGUAAGAAAGAAAGUGUUGUCUCUCGUUAUAGUACGGAGUUUGAAUAUCGCACCCUGGCUGAUGCUACACCAGAAUUAUUAUGGCUUCACUGGCUUCUUGUUGAUAUGGGAGUCCCUCAACAAUUUGCGACUAGCCUUCAUUGUGACAAUCGUAGUGCCAUCCAAAUUGCUCACAAUAAUGUCUUUCAUGAAUGUACCAAGCAUAUUAAGAAUGACUGUCACUUUGUUCGUCAUCAUCUCCAGAGUAAAACUUGA